AUGGAGUUCGAGGAAGAUAGUUCAUUCAAGCCAGACGCUGUAUUCACAAACUCACGUCCAAAGUGGGUAGAGGAUAACAAGGCUCACAACUGUUCUAAAUGCAAUGUUGGAUUCACCCUUUUAAAUAGAAAGCAUCACUGCAGACGUUGCGGACUCGUAUUUUGUCAGAAGUGCUCAUCAAACACAGCAAAGAUCCCUCAAUUGAACUAUAACUAUGUACCAUCAUUUAGCCAUCCAGAGUGCAAAGGCAGUGUAGACAUAUUCGCCUCCCUUCCCAACAUUAAGGGAGGUCCACAUGCACUCAAACAUCCAUUCAUGCUUCACAUGCAAUCAUCACGAUUGCCUCCUUCCUCUUACACACAUGCAUGCAUACAUUGA